UUGGUACAGAAAUUAAUUUUAUAAUAAUAUAUAAUAUGUGGUGAAAUAAUAAUAUAUAUCAGUUAAUUUUGUGUAAUAUAAUACUUCGUUGAGUUCUUAUGAUAUUUAGAAAUACUAAGUUAUAUUACUUUCAUUUUGGCGCUGCCAAUACUUUCAUUUUUGUGUCAUUGCGAAAUUUAUAAGACAUGACUUCGGCCUUAUAUUUGGAGCAUUAUCUUGAUAGUUUACAACAUUUGCCCAUAGAGUUGCAAAGGAAUUUCAAAUUGAUGCGGGACCUUGACGACCGCGCGCAUGGAAUAAUGAGGACGAUAGAUCUCAUGGCCGAUGAAUUACUACCAGAUAUCCCUAAAAUAGAUGAAGAAGCCAAGAAAGACAAGAUAAGUAGAAUUCAGGAUCUAUUUAAUAAGGCUAAAGAAUACGGCGAUGAUAAGGUACAGCUAGCCAUACAAACGUACGAAUUGGUGGACAAACACAUACGGCGUCUCGAUUCAGAUCUCGUGCGUUUUGAGGCUGAAAUACAGGAGAAAGUGCUGAGUGCCCGCGCUGCGCAGCAAGCCGCGGCUGAUCAGGAGACAAACACAACAACUGUUAAAAAAGGUAGGAAGAAGCUUAAAGGUAGUGAGAAAGCUGCAGCAACGACUGGGAAGAAGAAACGCGCGGGAGCGUCCAGUGAGGACGAUGCAGCGGCGGCGGGCAGACCGGCGGCCAAGAAGAAAUCUCAACGUAAAGGUGCGGCUACAAUAGCAAAUGCAGUCAAGGAACAAGAAGAAAAUGCUGAUUUGGAUUCUGUUGCAGGCAUGGCACACCCUAGUGAUGUGCUUGACAUGCCUGUCGAUCCUAAUGAGCCAACAUACUGCUUGUGUCACCAAGUGUCUUACGGUGAGAUGAUUGGUUGUGAUAACCUGGACUGCCCUAUUGAAUGGUUCCACUUUGCAUGUGUAGAUCUUAAAAUAAAGCCGAAAGGCAAGUGGUACUGCCCUAAGUGCACCCAAGACAGAAAAAAGAAAUGAUCCACAAUGAAACCUUUGGUUAAACCAAUUGAUAAGACUGUGCCAGUUAAAAAAGAACUGAAAUAAUUCCUGGUGUUUUCUAAAUUAUAGUGUAACAAAAUGAAAGUCCAUAAUUUUUUUUUAAUCAUAGGUUAUGGUAUGUAAAUGUAAUAGUGUACUAUAUUUUAUUAUUUAAUUCUUAUCAUGAUAUAGGAAGCCAUUUCACUAAUAACAACAUAAAAUAAUAUGAGAGUUAUUGCAAAUUGUAAUGCAGUUUAAAGAUAUAUUAAAACUUUUAUGUGUACAUUUAUUUUGCAAAAUAGUAAUUACUUACUGAGUUUGAGAAUGUUAUAUGUAUUAAGUGUAGUCAAAUUUUAUAAUUAUUUGAUAUUUUAAUAACAAAUAUUUGUUAUGAAAUAGGGAUGAAUGAAUCUUAUUACACCACAAAAGUGUCUGUGGUGUAAUAAGAAUUUCACUCAGCUUGGAUAGUCGAGAGGUUGUAACAUAUCUGCUCGAGUUGUAGAAGAGUAAAAUUCUCAACUUAAUACAUGAAGUAACUAUUAUGCAACAUAAACUAAUGUUUGCUAAUAAGUUGAUGGAUUGAGUAUUGUAAGAAAAUUAUGUAUUAUCAUAAUGAUUGCUACAUCUUAAAUUAA